AUGGGACACACAAAGGAAGAUGCCUCGAUCGGCAUUAUUGGUAUGGGCGAUAUGGGCAAGAUGUAUGCCCAGCGUCUGAGUGACGCAGGUUGGAGGAUAAACGCCUGUGAUAGAGAAGAGAACUAUGAAUCUUUGCAACAAGAAUUCGCCUCUCAAAAAGGGGUCACCAUAUUCCCGAAUGGACAUCUCGUUUCGAGACUUAGCGAUUUCAUUCUUUACAGUGUAGAAGCCGGCGUUAUUGACCGAGUUGUGGCACAAUACGGGCCCUCAACCAAGGUCGGCGCAAUCGUGGGUGGCCAGACGUCCUGCAAGGCCCCAGAACUCGCAGCAUUCGAGAAGCACCUACCUCCCGAUGUAGAGAUCGUAUCAUGCCAUUCGCUGCACGGCCCCCAAGUCAACCCUAAUGGACAGCCAUUGGUCUUGAUCAAACAUCGAGCCUCUGAUGAGAGCCUUCAAUUUGUUGAAGGAAUAUUAUCCUCUUUCGGUUCCAAGCAUGUCUAUCUCACUGGUGAGAUGCAUGAUCGUAUCACUGCCGAUACCCAGGCUGUUACCCAUGCCGCCUUUCUCAGUAUGGGUACUGCAUGGCAGGCCGAAGAACAGUUUCCCUGGGAAAUCUCGCGCUGGGUGGGUGGCAUUGAAAACGUGAAGAUAAACAUCACAUUGCGCAUUUACUCAAACAAAUGGCACGUGUAUGCUGGGCUCGCUAUUCUCAACCCGGCUGCCAAGCAACAGAUUCGCCAGUAUGCCGAAUCAGUUACAGAGUUGUACAAGUUGAUGAUUGGAGGACAUCGGGAUGAGCUGAAGCGCCGAGUCAAAGCUGCCGGUGCCUCGGUCUUCAAAGAGGGCACUGAAGCACAAGAUCUCUUGUUGAAGGAUGAAGUUCUGGAUCGAUUCUCUCUUUCCAAUAAAUCCCGCGAUCCGUCCCCUCCAAACAGCCAUCUGAGUCUACUUGCCAUUGUCGACUGUUGGUCUAAACUUGGCAUUGUCCCUUAUGAUCAUAUGAUUUGCUCAACACCUCUUUUCCGUCUGUGGCUUGGCGUAACAGAAUACCUCUUCCGCAAUCCUGAACUUCUGGAAGAAGCGCUGGACACUGCGAUUGAUGACAAUACCUUUCGCCCAGAUGAUCUUGAGUUUACAUUUGCUGCCCGAGCCUGGUCUGACUGUGUCUCCUUCGGCGACUUUGAGUCGUACCGUGAUCGCUUCGAGCGCACUGCGAAGUUCUUCGAACCUCGUUUCUCUGAGGCUGCCACUCUUGGAAAUGAGAUGAUGAAGACGAUCCUUGAGAAGACCACCAACUCCGAUUGA